UGAAGACAGAACCAUGUGAUGGCUCGAGCUCAUUUCUUGACUAGACCACAUCCAAGGGCUUCUUGACGACCGGCUUCUUGCAUAAGGGGAUUUCUAUCUUGUAAAUCUUCACAUAUAUAAAUACCAACAUGUUUAGGUUCACAAGCAACUCAAACCUUCACAUCCUUGAGAAUCAAAAUUCCUCUGUGCAAUAAGUCUGCUUAGAUUUCUUUUCCUUGCUCAUAUCCAUUUGAAAUAAUGGGUUUCCGUUUGUCUGCUAUUGUACGUGCUAAGCAAAUGCUCCAGCUAUCACCAUCAGCUUCAAGUGUGCCAAAGGGCUGCCUGGCAGUUUAUGUUGGAGAAACACAAAAGAAGAGAUUUGUAAUUCCAGUAUCAUACUUGAACCAAGCUAUAUUUCAAGACUUGCUAAGUCAAGCUGAAGAAAAAUUCGGCUAUGAUCAUCCAAUGGGCGGUCUCACUAUUCCAUGCAGAGAAGAGAUUUUCAUGGAUGUCAUUUCUUGCUUAAGUUAAUCAUAAAAGCAGAGAGUAAGAUAGAUCAACUCUAACACAGUUCUGUAAAGAAGACACUUAUGAGUACCAUGUACAGACCUUUUCUCGGAUACCUUUUUCCUUCAAGGAAAUGAACAUGCUUCACAGCAUUAUUGCUGUUUUGUCAAAUUGUAUUUCAAUUUAGAAAGCACAAGCAUUAAUCAAUGAGUACUUUUUCUCAUAUAUUAUAUACUUUCCUCUUAGA